AGAAGUUGGAUCGACGGAGAGUGACGGGAGAUGAGGGUUCUGAAUCAGACGACAGUUGACAUUGCCAGCGGGUUUGCAGCUGGAGUGAACGUGACGUUGGUGGGGCAUCCGUUCGAGACGAUCAAAGUUCGCUUGCAGACGCAGCCCUCUCCCCCGCAUCACAUCUACACGGGCUUCAUCGACUGCGUGAGGAAGACUCUCGCGUGGGAGGGCCCGACGGGGCUGUACAAGGGGGUGGCAGCGCCCCUGCUGGGGCAGCUCUUCUUCCGUAGCGCGCUCUUCUGGUCCAACGGCUUCUUCAACCGAUGGGCCUCGGACAACGGCAAGAAGACUCCCUCCUACUUCAUGUUCGGAGUCGGAGGAUCGUUCGCGUGGGCGGUGGGGGCGUUGAUCGAGUGUCCCUUGCAGCUAGCCUCAUCUCAGAUGCAGGUUCAGAUCGUCAAGGCGAAGAGCAACGCGGCGUACAAGCCUGAGUUCACGGGAGUGGUCAACUACAUCGCUCGCGCUCCCUCCAAGUACGGGGUCAGCGCGCUGUACACGGGGAUGGUUCCGCAUCUUUGCCGCAACGUGGCAGGAGGUUUCUUUCACUUCGGGAGCUUCGAGUACAUCAGACGAGAGUACGCGAAGAGGAAGGGAGUGCCUGUGACUGAGGUUGGGCUGACGGUGAACAUGAUUGCUGGGUCGGUGGGAGGCUUUCUGUACUGGUCGCUCACCUAUCCGGUCGAUGUGGUCAAGUCAGCGAUGCAGGGAGAUUCGCUCGAGAACAAGAAGUACAGGGGUAUGGCUGAUACUUUCAGCAAGCUGUGGAAGGAGGGAGGAGCUGUGCGCUUCACGCGGGGCCUGUCUGCCUGCCUUCUGCGAUCCGUGCCAGCCAAUGCUGUGCUGCUGACGACUGCCUUCCGGGUGAAAGAGAUCGGGUACAACUCUUUCCGAGCUGCCGCGUCCGUGUCGAGUCCAUCAGCAAGAGAAGUCUGCGGGUAUCGUCGGGGUUGGCAAGGAGGAGAGCUUCUCACCUUCAGCCUGCUCACACCAUCCAUGGCCGGCGCCUCGCUCGCCAUCAGCUUAUCCAUCCACGCGCUGCAGGCGUCCUGGGCCUCGUCAGGCCUACACGUGCCUGUGCCCCUGGCGUACCAGGCAUGCGAGGACGGCAGUCUCGUCGGGCAUGCUCUCGUGCUGCACGGGAAGCAACUUGGAGGCUGCCGCAGCCGCGUCGGAAACUUUAGCAUAAUUGACCUGCACUGGGUCGUCACUCCCUCCAGCCAUCCCUCUGCUGAGGACCUGAAGCCAACGAUCGGCGAGCUGGUCGAAGUGAGCUUCUACGUUUGUCUUGUCGUAGAAAGGAGCGGAGGAUACUGCAAGGGAAUCACAUCGCGCAGCAGACAUGCAGGAGCACCGGAGGCGGCGGCUGACGGUGGGCGAGCGCUGCUGGCCCGUUGCUUCUCUCUGACUCUCAUGCAAGGCAAUGAGACGUCGCUGCCUGGCGAGCAGCUUUCGAUUUUGGUCUUGGUCGAGCUUUGA